AGUGCACGGAGCUGCAAUGUCCGAGCAAGAAAAACAUUGAAUGAUUGUUUUGUACAUGUUCUAUGCAAUUCCCUGUUCUGGCCACUAGGUGGCAGCACGAACCCGCUCAGCGAGCCGCAAGCCCCGCCCUCACGAUGACGUCAUACACGCGGAAGCAAAACAAGUCCGCGACCCGAGAGCUGCUGCUGCUCGCGCGGCUCCUGCCGGUUCACUUGUUAUUAUCAAACACCUUUUGUGUUGUUCCCCACGUGACUGAGGGCUCCUCACCGGACUGACCCGGAUGUUCGCUCCUCCUGGAGAAGAGCUGGUCCACCAAUGGGAGAGCGAGCAGGCCCGGCUCCGGCUGCAGCUGGUGGAGGAGGACACGGAGGCCUGGCAGCGGAGCCCAGGCUUCUCCGGCCUGGAGAGAGUCGGAGGAGUGGACCUGUCCUUCAUCAAAGGGGAUGACGUCAACGCAUGCGCACAACUGGUGGUGCUCAGCUUCCCCGACCUGGAGCUGCUGUAUGAAGACAGUCAGAUGGUGACCCUGACCGCCCCCUACAUGGCCGGCUUCCUGGCCUUCAGGGAGACCCCGUUCCUCCUGGAGGCUCUGCGGCGGCUGGAGAGGAACCGGCCCGAGCUCCGGCCUCAGGUGGUGUUCGUGGACGGCAACGGCCUCCUCCACUACCGAGAGUUCGGCCUGGCGUGUCAUCUCGGCGUGCUGUCGGGGCUGCCGUGUGUGGGCGUGGCCAAGAACCUGCUGCAGGUGCAGGGCGUGAACAAGAGCGAGGAGCACCAAUCACAGAUUUCAUCUCUGCAGAGAGGAGGAGACAGCUUCCCCCUCAUCGCCGCCUCAGGGAGAGUGCUGGGAAAGGCCCUGAGGAGCUCGGACCGGAGCUCCAAGCCCGUCUACGUGUCGCUGGGUCACAUGAUCAGCCUGGAGACCGCCGUCCGCCUCACACACCGGUGCUGCCGCCACCGGGUCCCCGAGCCCAUCAGACAGGCCGACUGUCGCUCCAGAGAAUACCUCCGCACACACUUCCCGGGCACAGAUGCGUGAAAUGAGUUAAAAGAAGAUGCAACAGAAAAUCUCAAGAACUCUGAAGACCAGAAUACCUGUGUGUGUGUGUGUGUGUGUGUGUGUUUGUUUCAGUGUGUGUGUGUCUGUGUGUGUCUGUUUCAGUGUGUGUGUGUGUGUGUGUGUGUGUGUGUUUGUGUCUGUGUGUGUGUCUGUUUCAGUGUGUGUGUGUCUGUGUGUGUGUGUGUUUGUGUCUGUGUCUGUGUGUGUGUGUCUGUUUCAGUGUGUGUGUGUCUGUGUGUGUGUGUGUGUGUGUGUGUUUGUGUCUG